CAGUUCUGAAUGUUCAUAUCUGCUAAUAUAACUGUAAUAUACUAUAAUAUACUCUAUCAGUACUUCUACUUGUUUAAUGUUCAGCAUUACAUUAACGUCGUCUCCCGAGUGUCGUUAUACUGGGGGUAAAAAAGAAGAAGAGGAGAAAGAGGAAAAGAAGAGGUAAAAGCUCAUUUCCGGUGUCUCAAUCAGUCGUCGCGGAUCGAUCCGUUUCCUCUUGAGGGAUGAAAGUAAAAGCCCCAUCACUCAGAAAGGCUGGACUUGUUUCCCAUUAAAGAUCACGCGCAGGAUAAAAGGGCGGGAAACUUGGCGCUCUCUUCUCAUCAUUCGCUCCUUUCACGCGCAGCAUUUCUCUCCUCCGCUCUCCGGCUCUCAUCAUGGAUCUCAGAGGCGAAAACGACGACGACAACGUGGACUGCGAGCGACCGGCGCCCAUUGAAGUUUUCGCGAGCAGGUCGACUCUUCACGGCAUCGCGCACAUGUUCACCUACGAGCGGCUGUGCGUGAGGCGCUGCCUGUGGAUUAUCUUGUUCGCCGGCUCGCUCUCCUUUCUUGUGUUCGUGUGCGCGGACCGCGUGCGCUUCUACCUGCAGUACCCGCACGUCACCAAGCUCGAUGAGGUCUCGACUCCGCUGAUGACCUUCCCGGCCGUGACCUUCUGCAACCUCAACUCCUUCCGCUUCAGCCGCGUCACGCGCAAUGACCUGUACCAUGCGGGAGAGCUGCUCGCGCUGCUCAAUGGCAGAUAUGAGAUUCGGGACACUCACCUGGUAGAGGAGAGUGUUCUGGAGACCCUGAAAGUCAAGGCUGACUUCCUGACCUUCAAACCUAGACCAUUCAACAUGCGCGAGUUCUACGAUCGAACAGGCCACGACAUUAAGGACAUGCUGCUCUCCUGCUACUACCGUGGGGACAAGUGCAGCCCUGAGGACUUUAAAGUGUUGGACUAUGAUGGCUGAAAGCAUACCAAUUUGCAGUGAUGCAAAGAGGCUUGGAGAAAGCCAGACUUGAUUUUGCAGAAUGUUCAUAUCAAGGAAGAAUCAAGGUCUUUACAAGAUGAUGGCGAAGAGCUGUUCUUAGUCUCCUCUGAUUAAGACAUGAGACAUUUUCACUGGAAAUACAAACCACAUCUUAAUAUCUUUCACUAAUCUAAAAGACACAAAGCUUAAUUACUCCUUGCUGUUAUUAUGCAGUCAACUUCCACUUUGUUUGAUGGAUAUAAUAUCCCUUUCCUCACCCCCCAGCCAUGCUUAUUAACAUUUGGCCACACAUACUUUCAAUGCAAAGACUUCACAGAAAAUUCAGAGUUCCUAACCUAUAAUUAUAAGUUGUACGACAAUGUGAAUGCUUUGUACAAGUGGAAGGGCAUAAUUAUAGUAAUUCCCACAUGAACUGAUGUGCACACUUUGGUUUUAAGCAAGAAAGGUUUUAACAAAAUGUUAAACAUUAUAUUGUAACAGGAAGAGAAAAGCAGACUGAGGGAAUGUAUGAGUAUAGUGCUGAACAUUUAGGAAUUAACACAGUACAGGGAAGAAAGAAGACAGAACAGAGCACAAGGUUUGGGCAGAAUGGAAGGGAGUCUCCCAUAUUGUCUAAUCACCCAAUCUCACUUCUCUUCACUUUGUAUGGUCAUAUAUUUAUUAAAAAUACUGCUUACUAUACACAGUACAAGAACCUACUGGUUUGCAUAGGAAGUUGAACAGUAACCAUAAGCCAUAAGACCAUUCUCAGUUAAAACACUGGGAGUAUUUUUGCUUCACAGCUCCAGGGUCCCCAUUUCAGCGCUGUUUGGCUGGAGUUUCAUAUGUUCUCCCCAUGUCCGUAUGAGUUUCCUCUGAGUUCUCUGGUUUCCUCCCAAAAAAUGUUGGAUCAGCUGUGCUAAAUUGGCCCUAUAUGCAAAUGAGUGUGUGAGUUUGUGUGAUGGGCAGGCAUCUUAUCCAGGGUGUAUCCCACCACAUAGGCAGUAAUCCUGGGAUAGGCACUGCUUCACUGUGACCCUGACUAGUAAACAUGUAACGAGUCACCCAAUUCACGAUUCAAUUUGAUUUGAUUCACAAUAUUGGGUUCAUAAUUCGAUUUUUCCCAUGAUAUUUUUGAAAACAAAUAAAUGAAGAAAAUGUUAUUCCCCCCCAAAACAUGCAUCAUUGAUUUUCCUAUUCUGUAUCAACAUAAAUAGAGUGGCGGCUAUAAUUAUCAAUACCUUAACAAUAUUUUGGCCAUUGCAAAAUUAGAAAAAAAACUUUCAACACAUAAAUUGUGCAUGAGUAGUUACUCAAACUUCCACUGGAAAAAGAAAAUGAGUUGAUUCCCGAUUACUUAGUGAAUCAGAUCAUGUGACACUGUUCCACAAUUAUUGACACCUUUGUCCACAGUUAUCGACACCGUUCCACAAUUAUUGACAUCCAGAUGAUUUUACCUUUGUAAAAUUGUUUUUUUAUUGGUAAAUCUGAAAAGGUGUCGAUAAUUGUAGCCACUGCGCUACUCAUCUCAUCUCAUUAUCUCUAGCCGCUUUAUCCUGUUCUACAGGGUCACAGGCAAGCUGGAGCCUAUCCCAGCUGACUACGGGCGA